CAGGUUAAGUUUUGAGAGCCUGUGUUUGAAUCAAGUGACAGCUACAGAACAGCCGGCAGAUAUGUUUAAGAAAAUUGUAUAAAUAAAUCUAAGAUUCUGAAUAGACUUGGAGGUUAGACAGACAAGGAAGUUAAAAAAUAUGGCAAGGUGAAGGAAUUGUUUUAAUGGACCCUGGUUAAUGAGUAACAUUUUGGCGGGAAAGGCAAAAGACCUGAUAAACUUUUCCUUUCAGUGCUGGAGUUUAGUUAGAAAAAGAAAUACUCCAGUAUUAGUGAAGAUUUUUGUCAUCAAAUUUCAUGGGCUUUCCACUCCAUCCCAUUCUCCAGCUGCUCAUGCUUCCCAUCUGGGUACAAGGAUUAGAUUCUCCACAUAGGAUAAAGCACAAAAAUAAUCAGACAGCUGUAUUGGGAGAAAAUGUGACAAUUUUCUGCAAUUUAACAACUCCAGCAGAUGUUGUGCAAAUUACCUGGCAGAAGAUCCAAGAUUCUUUGCCACAAAAUAUUGGCACAUAUAGCAGUAGAUACGGAGAAAAGAUUCUUCCACCAUAUAUAAAUCGGCUGCACUGCAAGGCCAUCGAACCCAAUUCCUCAUUCAUAACUAUUCGUGAAGUGACAUUUGAAGAUGAAGCCUGCUACAAAUGUCUAUUUAAUGUGUUCCCACAUGGCAGCCAUGGAGGACAAACCUGCCUUAACAUUAUAACUGUAUCUGAAUUAAGAACUGAACUCCAGCCCAAUCUUGACUGUGAAAAUUUUCUUCGAUUUAUUUAUUCAGCUGUGGGAAAACCUGCUCCUCAAAUAUCUCUUUCCCCGUCACAAGUCUUGAUUAAUCCGCCAGAGGAAUACCUUGCUCAGAACCCAAAUGGCACGGCGACUAUCUCUAAAACGUACAACAUCUCCUUAGAGACUGUGAGGUCCCUGAGACUCCAUCACCUGAUUGUGCACAUGGACCAUCCUCUAAGGAAGGAAGAGAAGAUUGUUCCUCUGUCAGUCAAAUGAGAAUGUACUUCUGGUUCUUCUUAUGCUUGGCUGCCUAUAGUUGGUGUCUUCAUAAUUUUUCUCUGUAUUUCACUUAUUGUUCUCUUUAUUGUUUGGAGAAAGAAAAAGUCAGUGAAUGUGCGUGAAACCAGACCCCAGCUGCCACAGCCUGAGGUGGAGAACUUGAGCUGCUUUCUUCCUGCACACAGAGCCAAGAACCCUGGAACUUGUUAAAAUAAGAAGAAUCCUCAUCAUCAACGCAAGCGAAGGAAAUUCCUCACAGUAAAGAAAAAAAAGGUCACAUCAUGAAAGGACGGAUCAUUGACUGCUUGAAUAUAAUUUGUUUCUGGAUAAAAACA